AGUGAUACCAGACUGCAUUCCUGUGUCUGAAGAUGCUGUGUAGUGGGCAUUUGGUCAGUAGUAUCCUGUAUAUUGAAUAGAAGAAGAGCUAUGGCACAUACUUUCAACAUAUCUACGGCAGAAACCUUCAAAUUCAUAGAGCUGGUACAGAAUCGACCAGGGAUAUGGGAUGUCACAUCAAAAGAAUACAAGAACAAGCAUAUCAAAUCCCUAAAUAAAAUCGAAGUUGCAAGGGAAAUGGGGGCUGAAUGGACAGAGGAAGAUGUCCAGGACAAAUUCAAUAACCUUCGAACUUAUUAUAUGAAGUGUAGCGCAGAUGUCAUGAAAAGCAAGGCUAGCGGUGCCGGUGCCGAUGAUGUUUUGAAACCAAAAUGGCAGUUUUAUAAUGCUCUAGAUGCAUUUCUGAAGAUCAGCACAACCCCAAGGAAGACUGUUUCAAAUUUGCCAGCAAUUGGGGAAGAGGAUGGUGCCAGUCGCUCCAGCACACCUCCUGUUGCUCCAAUGGGGACAGUAAGAAAAAGGAAGAGGAAUGCAAGUCCGAAGAUGACGCCCUUCUAGCUGCACUUGAUGUAAUGAAACAGCCAAUACAGAUCCUUGCUCAACCCGAAGCAGUACUUCCUGUUCAAGCAGAUCAAAACGACCCAGACCAUCUUUUUGCGAUGCUGCUGAAAUCACAGCUAAAGCAAGUGGCCGAUGGCAAGAGGAAAGAAAUGCUCAAACUUCGCAUCCAGGAGCAGGUUAUCGAGGCUCAAUUUGAGUAUACAGAUACUCCACAUCCAGUUCAAUAUCAACAUCAGCCCCAAUUUCAACCGAGGCCGAUUUUUGCAAGUCAUGCUCCUGUUAGGAGAUCGAUGCCUUCUACUGCUAGGACAUCACCAGAAUCUGACAUAAGCAGCAACUCAGGUGGGGCCUGGAACUUAAGUUUGUCCUAAAUUUACAUUUGGUCAUACAUCAUUACACUGUCAUGACUGUUGAUUAUUCCAAAUGAUAAUUGGACAGUUGCCAAUACUCAAUUCAAUGUAGAUCAUGAUUAAUUUUUCAAGGUGAUGUAUUCCAUGAAAAUAAUAAGCACCAUGAAC